GAGAGGGGGAAAAGGAAAGAGAGAGAGAGAGAGAGAGAGAAAGAGGGGAGGGGGGCUCGCUGGAUGUAGCUCUAGCUGUGGGCCGGGGGGUGAGCUACCUAGCCCGGGCUGCUCCGCCGAAACAUCCAUGGGUGGCUGUGUCGGGAGCCACCACGACUCCUCGGGCAGCUUGAACGAGAACUCGGACGGCACCGGAGUGGCUCUAGGGCGGAACCAGCCCCUGAAGAGAGAGCGGCCUAAAUGGAAAAGUGACUACCCGAUGACUGAAGGCCAGCUGCGCAGCAAGAGAGAUGAGUUCUGGGAUACUGCGCCAGCAUUCGAGGGCCGGAAGGAGAUCUGGGAUGCGCUGCGGGCUGCGGCCAGCGCCUUUGAGAGCAAUGACCACCUGCUGGCUCAGGCCAUCCUCGACGGGGCCAGCAUCACACUGCCGCACGGAGCUCUGACAGAAUGUUACGAUGAACUGGGGAAUCGAUACCAGUUGCCGGUCUACUGCCUCUCUCCCCCCGUCAACAUGAUCGAGGAGCGCUCUGAUGAGCCAGACGGUUCAGAUCCAGACUCGGGGGCCGCAGACCCGUCCACGGGCAUCGCCGGUGACCCAGGCUCGGGAGGGGAGUGCCAGCUUCGGCUGCGGCUAUCAACGGGUCGCGACCUCCGGCUGGCGGUGCGCUCCACGGACACAGUGGGCAUGAUGAAGCGGCGUCUACAGAGCCAAGAGGGUGUGCCAGCCUCAACCCAGCGUUGGUUUUUCUCAGGUCGGCCACUGACGGACAGACUGCGCUUGGACCAACUCAACAUCUCCAGGGACUACGUGGUGCAGGUCAUCCUCAGCCAGCCGCCGCCAGAGCCAGAGCCAGAGCCGGUCACUCCAGCAGGACAUGUGCAAGAAGCCUCCGGGUCGGUGGGAGUGCCUGCACUGCCUCAAGAGCCCACGCCGGUGGAGAAUUAAUUCCCCCAACCUGGCAGGGGGGGCAUACCAGCUGUCUGGCAGUAUAAAAAAAAAGGAGGAUAACAAGGGAGAUAUAAGAAAGAAAGAAAUUUAACAUUUCUCUUUUGGUUUGCACUCUUCUCUUCUCUUCUGCCCUCUUCUCUCCUUCCUCUUCCUCUUCUCCUCUCUUCUCUUAAGAAGAGGGGGGCUCUGUUUGGGCAGAGGUCAGCAUUCUGCUGGAGCAACAGGAACCUUGACUUGAGAAAAAGACUCUUCCUUUUGUUUUUUACACAUUGAAAUUUUGACCUUUUUGAAGUCUUUUUAACUGUUCCUAUGGAAACCAAACAACAAAAAUAACAUUUUGUCAGGCGGCUGAUAGGGUUUUCUUAGCGACGCUGAUGUCCAAAUUGUUUCUGUGUUUCGGUUUCCAUUCACGUUCUGCACUCUGGCAAAGCUGUUUCUGACUUUACAUUACGUUAAACAUACAUCUUCAUUGCAGACAUUUAAAUUCACUUCAGAAAGAAAAGGGGUAAAGAUACUUUAACAAUCAGUUAUUCAGGUUAAUAUGAAAUACUUAAAUAUAUGUGAAUCAAAUCAAGAACAUUUCAUCUCCUGGGGAUGAAGUGAGUAUGCUAACAGCUGUAAAGAAAAGUAUUCUAUUGUUAUAUCUAGUUAGCAAACAGAUGUGUCCGAGGUUGUGACUGGAUGUUUUACCAAGCUGCCGCUUCACUCUGCUUCACAGUACAAUCAGAGGAAUCAUGUAAUAAACAUUAAGUAGUCAGCCCAUGUUUGUGUGCGCGCGCAUGUGUGUGUGAGCGUGUAUGUGUGUGUGUGUGUGUGUGUGAAUGUUCAUAUAUGAUCAAGACACAACCACACUUCUUCAUGUGGGUAAAGGAUGGACAUCAGAAACACAGUUACAUAUUUUGAUUAAAAAUCGACUGUUUUUAAUUAAAAUUGAUCAUUGUUUCUAAUCCUCGAUCUCUGUCUGAUCUUUGAAUACUUUCAUGUUUUUCGAAAAUAAAGCCUGUGUACGGCCGACAUUCACUGUUAAAA